UAAUGUACCUGACUUCACGCCGCGUCGCGUAUUCAUUCAUUAUAUUUUAGUUUCGUCUCGAAUUUGUCAGAGUGAACGCGUGUAAUUACGUUAUCUCAAAUUUAAAAUGUAAACAAAGAGGUUUUUUUUAGUUUAACUGUGUGAAAUAUCUUGUUGUAAAUCGAAAAUGUAUCAAAACACUGGAAUAGUGCUGUUGUUUGUGAUAUCACAGUGUUUUAACGUGUUUAGCGAAACAAUAAGUGAACAUAAACAUGUUCACUGCACACACAACCAUCCGAAAGCUGAUGAAGUAAUACGGGGGGUGCACAUAGAGCCUGCUCACAUAGUCAAAAAGCGGAGCAUAGACCAGCCAUUAAGAAUAAGCAUAGUCUAUGAUCACUCGGUCUAUAGAUUGGAGCCCGAGAAAUUCGAUAUGAUAAACAAUACCAUUCUACCUGAGGCCGUUAAGUUUUGGGAACAAGCAUUGAAAGUCAGAAAAACUGGUGGCCCAAUCAAACUAAACAGAAAAUGCCCUACACGGCAGGUUUUCGUCCGAGGCGGCAGAUCACAUUGCAUCGACGCCUGCAAUGCUGAAACGAUGUGCGGGGAAGUUAGAGUCCCUGAGGAACAUUUAAAUCCAUGCUAUGUGUGCAACAGCACCGGUCAUAACUGCAGAGCGUUGCCACGCCAGACGCGGCUGGAUGAUGAGGUGCCUACGGAAUUAGCUGGAAACCUGAUCAACGAUGGAACAGAACCGACAGCGACGGAAGAAGACUACCAGGGCGUAGAGAACACAGAUUUCGUUUUAUACGUCAGCGCGGUUGAGACGGAGCGAUGUCGACGAGGACUGACGGUCGCGUACGCUUCGCAUUGCCAGCAGGAGUCUGCGUUAGACAGGCCAGUGGCUGGUCAUGCAAACUUCUGCCCUGGGGAGCUGUCAACGAAAUACCGGGACCUACCAUCAGUCCUGUCAACUGUCAAACACGAAAUGUUGCACGCAUUAGGGUUCAGUGUUUCACUUUUCGCUUUUUACAGAGAUGAAAAUGGCGAGCCCUUGACUGAAAGAAGACCAGAUACAGGGAACCCACCUCUAGACGAAGAAUUACAAAUUCACAAAUGGUCUGAUCGUGUAGUCAAAAAUAUAACGAGGAAAAAUUGGAUGAUCCGAGGCGGCUACAUGGACAGGACUUUUCAUAUGAUUGUCACACCAAGGGUUGUCAAGGAGGUUCGAGAGCAUUUCAACUGCUCCAAGUUGGAGGGUGCUGAGUUAGAAGACCAGGGAGGUGACGGGACUGCCCUCACUCACUGGGAGAAACGCGUUUUUGAAAAUGAAGCAAUGACCGGCACCCAUACUCAGAACUCAGUCUUCAGCCGAAUCACCUUUGCUUUGAUGGAGGAUACGGGCUGGUAUAGAGCCAACUAUGAACAUGCUACACCCCUCGAUUGGGGCCGAGGACUUGGCUGCAAGUUCUCAAUGGUCUCCUGCAAGCAAUGGCUCAAUACACAAAGGUUGAGGAGAAAAAAUCCAGCGCCAUUCUGUGAGCGAAUAAAAGGAAAUCCAUUGAGAACAGAAUGCUCUCCGCGACGCACAGCCGUUGUUCUGUGCAAUUUAGUUAGACAUGAUAAUAUAUUGCCGAGAGCUUACCAGCACUUCGACACGUUGCCUAACGUGGCUCCCGGAGAAGAGGCUCAUUACGGCGGCUCCGUGUCCCUGGCAGACUACUGUCCCUACUUGCAAGAGUUCACUUGGAGACACAAGAGUGUCCUGGUGAGAGGCAGUCGGUGUUCAUAUGAAGAAAAUACUCCUAAAACCGAUGUAAACUUUGCCUUGGAGAACUACGGCGCUCAUUCAAAGUGUUUUGAUCACAGCGAUAAAGUUUGGGAACAGAAAUCAUGUCGACAGAUAAGAGAAUGGCAACACUGGGGCUCUGGUUGCUAUAAAUAUAAAUGUGAAAGCGGUCGCCUACAUAUAGUGGUUGGCAACUAUUCCUAUACUUGCUUCCACGCCGGCCAAGUGUUGCAAGUUAGAAUAAUCAAAAGAGGUUGGCUACACAAAGGAGGCGUCGUUUGCCCUCCUUGCAGAGAACUAUGUGGAGAAGAAUUUGCAUCUAGAAACGAAUACUGCAAAGGCGGCGAAGAACCAUUACCACCGAAUUUAUAUCCAAACGAUAUUCUAGUAUGUAAAGCUACGAAUUUGGCGCCAACAGCUGUUAUAACAGCGGCCAUUUUGGUUUCACUACUAAAUUAUUUUACGAUAAUUUGUUAAGUACUUAAUUUGUGCGAGUUUCUUUUUUAUUGCAAGUUUUUAUUUAAUUUC